CAUAGAUAAAAAAUCAGAAACCCAAAACGUAGACUAUAGAUUCACCAAAAUCCAUACAUAUAUCACUUUUUUAAUUCCUAAAUAUCUCUUUGACUUUGUACAAUACUCUCUGCAAUUCACCAGGAUUAGGACUAUUUUUGUAUAAGAUGGCUGGGCAAAGAAACAGUCAUGGAAAGAGAUCACAUUCAGAUUAUAAUGAUCAUGGUAGAAACAAGAGACGGAAUAGUAACGAUGAUCGAGGGCUGAACUCGAUUGGUCCCAAUGAUACGGUGUAUCGUUACUUAUGUCCUAGUAUAAAGAUUGGUAGUAUAAUGGGAAAGGGUGGGGAAAUUGUUAAGCAGAUGAGAGCAGAAACUAAGGCUAAAAUUAGAAUUGGUGAGACGGUGAAAGGAUGUGAUGAUCGGGUUGUUACUGUUUAUAGUAAUAGUGAGGAAACAAAUGAGUUUGAGGGGAUGGAUGAGCGAGUGUGUCCGUCAAUGGAUGCUCUUUUUAAAGUUCAUGAUAGAGUUAUUAGUGAUGAUCGAGGGGAUGAUGAUGAUGAGGAGGAUGAUAUGGAUGGAGCACAAAUUACAGUUAGACUUCUUGUCCAAGCAGAUCAGAUUGGAUGUUGUAUUGGAAAAGGCGGAAAAAUUGUUCAGGAUAUACGGAGUGAUACUGGUGCUCAGAUUCGGAUCUUGAAGGAUAAUCAUUUGCCUGCUUGUGCUUUAAGUAGUGAUGAACUUGUGCAGAUAUCAGGUGAAGCAUCUAAUGUGAGAAAGGCAUUGUUCCAAAUAGCAGGUCGUCUUCAUGAUAAUCCGUCACGGUCACAGCACUUGCUUAAUUCUUCUGCACCAAAUGUUUAUCCUUCUGGUGGUGCACUUAUGGGUACAACUCCCGGUGCACCGAUGAUGGGUUUACCUCCGUUGGUUAAUGCAUAUGGUGGGUACAAGGCUGAAGGUGUAGAAUGGCCACAAAGUUACUACCCUGCUUCAAGGGAGGGAUCAUCUCCAAGGGAGUUUUCUCUUCGUUUGAUCUGUCCUACUUCAAACAUUGGUGGUGUAAUCGGCAAGGGUGGUGCUGCAAUUAAUCAAAUUAGGCAGGAAACUAGAGCGUCUAUCAGAGUUGAUAGUUCAAAGACUGAGGGUGAUGAUUGCUUAAUAACUAUUUCCGCAGAUGAGAUAUUUGAAGAUACAUUUUCUCCAACUAUUGAGGCUGCACUGCGUUUGCAACCCAAGUGCAGUGAGAGAGUUGAAAGAGAUUCUGGUCAUGUUUCGUAUACUACUCGAUUGCUUGUUCCAGCCUCUCGAAUUGGAUGCCUUAUUGGGAAAGGAGGAUCAAUAAUCACAGAAAUCAGAAGAAUUAGCAAAGCUACUGUUCGCAUUAUUUCAAAGGGGGACCUUCCGAAAAUUGCCGGGGAUGACGACGAGAUGGUACAGAUUUCUGCAGAACUUGAUCUUGCUAAAGACGCAUUCUUACAAAUUACCUCACGCUUAAGGGCAAAUCUUUUUGAUAGAGAAGGCGUAAUGUCUACAUUUGUUCCAGUGCUUCCAUAUGUUCCACCUGAGGUGCCAGAUGUUCCAAAGUAUGAUCACAGAGAUUCUAAGGGUCAUGUGAGAGGACAUUCUUACUCUACCGAAUUACCAGCUAAUGAUGGAUAUGGAAGCUAUGGUGGUGUGCAGGUACGCCUUAGUGGUGACCCAUAUGGAGUGUAUGGUAACUAUUCUUCAGGACGCAGUGGUAGCUCUGGGGGAACAAGGCAUAACACUUCUUCUAGACGGAGGGAUUAUAAUUAUUGAGGUGUCGUGCAGCUGAGACACCUGAAGCCUGAAGCCAACCUCCAACCUAUAUUGGUGAAGCCUCUGCCUAAACCAGAAGACCUGUUGAACCAGUGUUUUGGCCCACCUUACACGCUUUUCUUAAGAGGACCACAACCACCAUCGGAAGACCUUAUUUACAACACUACAUCCCAAGCUUUCAUUUCUUGAUUUCCAAAAAACCUGUGCCUUGAUCAAUAUUUUCAAAUUCCAAACCUGUAUAAUGUUUCACUAUUUUAUUUCAUUUUCUCUUGAAACUUUUGUGACCCUAGGGAUACAAAGAAAACCUUAUAGCUAAGAGUAUCUUAGUUUUAGCAUGCAUACGAUCCUUCUCUACCUUUCCACAGCUUGCUGCCAAUCUGCUUAGCUCUACAAAAUAAGUUUUAGGUCUUAGUGGGCCGGUAUUACGCAGGAAUUUCUCAUUCAAUCAAAUUAUUUUUGUCGUUAAAACACAAAAGGUUUACCUUGAUUUUAACCCAUUAUCUGUCGAUCUACCUCGUACCAAACUUCUAUUUAUAAGCGUAGAGACCUACAUUACUUGCUCAAGUUGAUAUUUCCAUUGUGCAUAUAAUUGCAACAUUACCUUCUUUUUAUAUGAAGCGUAUUCGAGCUUUUGUUUGUACAUAUAUAUUAAUAUAACCAUGGAUAGAUAAUAUGUUGUUUGCUAGUUUUAUAGUUACUAGCCGCUGAACAUAUCGAGUCUAGUGUCAGCAACAUGUGCUAGAUUUACUGUAAUUGGUUUUCAUUUAGUUGCUAUAUAUGCUUGUUGUGGUAGGGUAGAUAGUUGUGCUGUAUCUUUACUUAUUUUUUGGUCGCCCAACUCUUCAUUCUCGCAUGCUAAUGAGGUAGACAAGCGUAGGUGUCCAGUCAUUUGUACAUUAUUUGUCCGUUGUGGCAUUAUGCAUAAGUAUUGUUUGACAUUCCUUUGCUCAUAGGGGUGGAUAGCUAGCUCACUCUCACCAGCUUUAGUGACAUUUUAUAUUUGUUAUGUACUAUAUUUUUGGUAUAGUAUCGUUUAGUAGAGUCAAAUAUUGGUUUUUCCUUGGCUUUGUAACUUGUGUGAGUGGGAGAGGAGCUUGAUGGUUGUGCAGGUGAUGGGUGUUUGUUGAGUAGAACGUAGCAAAGUUUUCGAAAGCGAUUCCCAGCAGAUUGGGCUGAUUUAAUUUUGCUUUGAUUCCUUAUCAUUAUUCUUUUUUGUGUAUUUGGCUUAUUCUGCAUUUUAGUUUAAUAUGUGUAUACAUUAUACAUGUUCUAAGAUUAGAAUAGAUAUAAUGAGUUGUAUGCUUCCAGUGAA